UCCUUCAUUUCAAAAGCCUGCCUUCAUAUCUACUUGAAGAAGAAGAAGAAGAAGAAUAGAACAAAGAGCUCGUAAGAAGAAGAAGAAGAGAGAGAGCUCCACCGCAUCAAAUUCAGCUUAGAGAAAGGAGGAGGAGGAUGGGUGAGGCUGGAGAGGAGUCGAAGAAGCUGCAGAAGAGCUACUUCGAUGUGAUGGGGCUGUGCUGCUCGUCGGAGAUCCCGUUGGUCGAGAGUAUUCUCAGACAGCUCGAUGGGGUUGGGGACGUCUCGGUCAUCGUGGCUUCGAGAACCGUCAUUGUCGUCCACGACACCCUCCUCGUUUCUCAGACCCAAAUAGUGAACGCACUAAAUCAAGCAAGGUUAGAAGCGAAUGUGAAGGCCUAUGGGGAGAUAAACCAUCACAAGAAAUGGCCAAGUCCUUAUGCAAUCGCUUCUGGAGGGUUACUCCUCUUGUCCUUGUUGCAAUUCGUCUACCACCCAUUCAAAUGGCUGGCUCUCGGCGCUGUCGUCGCCGGCAUACUCCCAGUGAUUCUGAAAGGCUUCGCGGCUCUCCGGAACUUCCGGAUCGAAAUCAACAUCCUUGUCUUGAUCGCAGUGAUCGGGACGGUUGCAAUGAGAGAUUAUCUGGAGGCUGGCACCAUUGUCUUUUUGUUCACCACUGCUGAAUGGCUCGAGUCCAGGGCAAGCCACAAGGCAAGUGCUGAAAUGUCAGCUUUGAUGAGCAUAGCUCCGCAGACAGCAGUGAUAGCUGAAACAGGAGAGGUUGUGAAUGUUGAUGAGAUCAAACUCAACACAGUUGUAGCCGUGAAGGCUGGGGAGGUCAUACCCAUAGAUGGUGUUGUUGUGGAUGGCAAAUCUGACGUGGAUGAGAAAACUUUGACAGGAGAGUCAUUCCCUGUUUCCAAGCAUAAAGACUCUCCUGUUUGGGCUGGAACAAUAAACUUGAAUGGUUACAUCAGUGUGAAAACAACUGCUCUAGCUGAAGACUGUCUGGUGGCCAAAAUGGCAAAGCUUGUUGAGGAGGCUCAGAACAAGAAAUCAAGAACACAGAGAUUAAUCGACAGAUGUGCACAGUUUUACACUCCAGCGGUAUUAAUUAUAUCGAUUGGCUUCGCCAUGAUUCCAGUGGUGUUUCCGGUGGCACUACACCACCAUAAGCGAAACUACUGGUUUCAUCUGGCACUGGUGGUACUAGUAAGCGCAUGCCCCUGUGCACUAGUGCUCUCUACUCCUGUUGCUACAUUUUGUGCCCUCACAAAGGCAGCGAAAUCCGGUCUCUUGAUCAAAGGGGGUGACUAUCUUGAAAUUCUUGCUAAAAUCGGGAACCUGGCUUUUGACAAAACCGGCACGAUCACAAGAGGUGAAUUCAUGGUGGAGGACUUCCGGUCCCUCAAUGAAGGCAUAAGCAUCGAGACUAUGCUUUAUUGGGUAUCAAGCAUUGAGAGCAAGUCGAGCCAUCCAAUGGCUGCUCCGCUGGUAGGGUAUGGGAGGUCAUUUUCCAUAGAGCCAAAGCCCGAAGAUGUGGACAAUUUUCAAAAUUUUCCUGGUGAAGGAAUUUAUGGCAAGAUUGAUGGGAACGAUAUAUUCAUAGGGAACAGGAAGAUUGCCCUGAGAGCUGGUUGUGAAAGAGUUCCGAGCAUAGAAGGCCUUACUGGGGAAGGAAAAACCAUGGGGUACGUGUUCUGCAGGGCAAAACCUGUCGGGAUUUUCACUCUCUCUGAUGCAUGCCGGACUGGAGCUCAGGAGGCCAUCAAGGCACUCAAGUCAUUGAAGAUUAAAACUGCAAUGCUUACAGGAGAUAGCCAGGGCGCAGCAAUGCAUGCACAGAAUCAGCUAGGUCAUGCUCUGGAUGUAGUCCAUGCGGAACUUCUACCCGAAGAUAAAGCGAAAAUCAUCAAACGGCUCAAGGAGGAUGCGCCAACAGGAAUGGUAGGGGAUGGCAUAAACGACGCCCCUGCAUUGGCUACUGCUGAUAUCGGCAUUUCGAUGGGUAUUUCUGGUUCCGCACUUGCAAUGGAGACAGGGCACGUGAUUCUCAUGUCCAAUGAUAUCAGGAAAAUACCGAAAGCGAUCAUGCUUGCGAGGAGAGCACACAGGAAGGUGGUUGAGAACGUAAUUCUGUCGAUAACCACUAAGGUUGCCAUCCUCACAUUGGCCUUGGCCGGCCACCCAUUUAUUUGGGCAGCAGUUCUUGCCGACACUGGGACAUGCCUGGUGGUGAUCCUAAAUAGCAUGCUCUUGUUAAGACAAAACCAUGAGCACGGUGGGAAAAAGUGUUGUAAAUCUUCUGCAAUGCGACAAAGAGAAGGAUGCAACAUCUCCAAGACGAACUCAUCCCAUAGCCACCACAACUGUUGCUCUUCUAAAGUGGGGACGAAAGUUUAUGAGACUGAACAAGGUUGUGGCAAAGUCUGCACUUCGAAAUGCCAAUCGGGUGGUCCUAUUUCAGACUUGUGUGGGAAGGGUGUGGCUAAGAAGCAUUGCGACGACGGGGACAACUGCAGAGGUUCAGCUACGACACAUCAUCAAGAUCAUGGAUGCAGCACCGGCAAUAACCACAUGUCCCACAGACAUCGCCAUUGCAGCCAUGAAAGCCAACCGCAAAAUGGGUGUGCUGUGCAGCAGAGGUGUGUUGUCAAAUGUCAUUCUACUAAUUUAUCUUCAAGUGCUAGUUCGUGUGGAAAUAGCGAGCUUUCCAGUUCAUUGAACAGGCAAGUUCCUGAAGUAAGUAAGGAUGAAAAUGCUGAGCAGUGUGGCCAGAUGUGCAAUGAUCAUAACCAUGGUGGCUCCAAUCCUAUUUCUUCGAGCGCUUGCUCUGAUAACAUGUGCACAAGUGCAAUUCAGAAGCAAGGAACUUGUGCAUUUGGUGAUCACAAAGAACAGCAUACGGUGCAACACUGUAAUCAUGGAAGCUGCGAGAAAAUUACAAAAAGUGCAUCACAUGUUAUCACAGGUAAUUGCGAUUCUUUGGAAGAGCAGAAUAAAGAGUGCCACGGGAUGCAAUGUAGCAAUGACAAUCAUGACGUCAAGGAAGGACUCAGCAACACUAGCGAAUGUAGAUCACACGCUGAUCUUACUUCAGAUGUUCAUCAUCAUCAUCAUCAUGACCAUCAUGACCAUCAUCCAAAGACUGGCUCGAAUUGCUGUCUGCACCUUCAACCCGUGAUCGACAUUGAGACGGGGAAAGAUCACAUGGACUCGGGAUCAGUGCACAUAUGUACUAAUUUGGCAAAGAGGGAGACUGGUGGGUGCUGUAAGAGCUACAUGAAGGAAUGUUGUGGUAAGCACGGGCAUUUAGGACCUGCUUUUGGAGGCUGCUUGUCCGAGAUCGUCACCGAGUACUAGCGGAUCCAAUGUAACACAAAAAUUUGCUAGUACGCUAGGAGAUUUGCAUGCUUUAAUCAUACCAUUAGACUGAAAAUUUCUGAUUUUUGGGAAAUGAAAAUUGCACAUUCACCACCUCAA